AGCGACGAUAACAAAGAUGGCGGCUGAAAUACUGUAGUCAACUUACUUUUCCAUAAUAUUUUGGAGUGACUAUGAAUCCCGGGAGCAGAAAAAUAUUCCGAGCUAAACCACCAGACAAGGGUAGCUUUCCUUUGGAUCACGACGGUGAAUGUAAAGAGUACAUGAAGAGAUACAUGAAGUGCUUGAGGGAGAACAAUAAUGGGAACCACUUGUGUAGAACAGAGUCCAAGGAUUAUCUCCAAUGUAGAAUGGACAGACAACUCAUGGCAAAGGAGGAUUUUGAGAAACUUGGUUUUCAUCAGUCUAUACAAUCACAAGAUCACAACAUUGAUCAGAUUGAUCAUGACAACAUACAAAAUAGCACAAAGUCCACAAGCUGAUAGUAGUUCAAGGACAAUAUAAAAGUUGAUUAACAUAUUAAAAAUACACAACAGUUUGGUGGAACUGGGUUUUUCAUUGGUUAAUCAUCAUCAAAAGAACUUUCUCAACAGCCAGGGGGAGUCAGCCCUUGGCAAGGAACACAGGCCUAAGGGGAGGACUGACUCGCUCCAAUGACUUUGAUGAUCACACUACUGAAGAUGUUAAGCAGUCAGUCACUUUCACCACCAACAGUCAUUUUCAGGACCACUCCUCAUCCAGACAAUUAGACCACACCCUCUAUCUGAUAAACAAUAUAAUAGAAGUGAACAUUUAAUAUACAAUAACAUAGUAGGACUCUAGUAAAAGCUGUAGAAUAGUAGAAUGAGAAUGUUUUCACCUACAAGAAUAAAAAGGCAACAAGGACUAUUUUGUAUUUACUAUGCUGGAGCAUUUCUGAUGUGGUGCAAAAAAUAAACUAAGAAUCGUGAAAAUUGCACAAGCCUGUAGGGAAAGUGCAAUUUGUGGGCUUUGAAAAAAUUUACAAGAGCUUUUUUAUUCCAAAUUGCAUGGAAAAAAUUAUGUGAUUAUGUAUCAAGUGCAAAAAUAAUUUUUCAAACCCUGCCUGUGACAUUGUGCAUUCAGUCAAAACAACUGCAUAUGAUCAAAACAAUAACAUAAAAUGAUUUUUUCACAUCUUUAAGGAACAAAAAACAACAUAAAAUGAUUUUUUCACAUCUUUAAGGCACAAAAAAUUCAAAGUCCAGCUAAACAGUUCAAGGAAUUGUUCAGUUUGGUUUGUUACUUCUCUGCACCAAAUUAACCCUCUUUUGCUUUGAAUUACCUGAAAACUGCAUUUAUCUUAACCAGUCAGAACUGAGUAAUUUUUUUCAUGUAUCUCAUUAAAAAUGUUAUUCAAUUGAUGUAUUUAAUCCUAAAGCUUGACUUACAUGUCUGAUUAUGUUAACGGAUUCCUUACAUACUGUAUUUCCUCAAAUAAGCACCCCUCUCUCUCAAGUUAGUAGGGAUACUGUUGGAAAAAACCUGUUUCAAUGACCAAUUUAUUUAUAAUUUUUUUACCUUCAACUACAAUGUAACCAGUCUAAGAGAAUAGUUUAUUUUCUCCUUGCAGUUAAUUCUAUCUCCACGUGCUUACAGAGUUCCUUUGAUUGCAUUAUCUAUUCUUUUGUUUUUUUUGUGUUAUUUUGCGCUCUGAGUAAAUGCAGUUAACUUUCCAAGCACAACUAGACCAUUCUCUAUCCUUUGGUGACCAGUAAUUUCUACAGUAAUAAAGUUAAUGAGAUGCGUUUGAAGAAAACAGUUGAUAAUGAGUUACAGCUCGAUCGAAAUGUGCCCAGCAAGCUCAAAGCUGUCAGUGCCAUGCAUAAGACUCACUUUUUAAAUUCCAAUUGCAUUGUCCGGUUAUACUUCUUUGCUUACUCCAUGUCGCUUUUUUAAGCAAAUAUGUAUUUCCCUUGUGUAAACAGA